UUGGGCUCAAAUACAGGUCAGGCAACGUGCACUUCUCCCUGUCAAAACUUCCUACAGUCGUCACUGGGCGGCCACAUGUUCGUUCACUCAUUGAAGUCUACAGCUCCGUCGAUAGAUUGACAAGGACCUUAAAGCUCACCCAGAACAUGAAGAUGAGACAACUCCUGCUUUGGACAGCUGUGUCCUGCCUCGUGUUGCUGCCCCUGUGUGUGGGGGGUAAGAGAGUUGUCUUCAUGCCCUCGCCCUUCACCAGCCACACCAUCUACCACACGAACGUAGCGCGGACCCUCACUCGGCAAGGUCACGAGGUGUGGUUGACCAUGCCCGACUACAUCGUCAACAGACGGGUGUUGGACACGACUAACUUGACUGUCAUCGAGUAUCAGACAUUGAUAAACUUUGAGGAGAUUAUGACGGCCGCUUUCGCCGGCAACUACUUUAAGGGAUUGUCUGAUGAUUGGAGUGUGCUUAUGUCUAUUGGCUUACAAUUUUGUGAUACUCUUCUUAUGAACGUUUCUUUCUUCCAGAACGUUAAAGAACUGCGUCCAGAUCUUUUCGUUUUCGACAUCUCUAGUUUCAUGAACAUGAUGACGAUAAUAUCAUAUAGACUUGGGGUGCCUUUUGCAUUUCUUGGAACACUUUACGACCCAUACUACCAGCGAAUCCCUUUACAGCCUUGCAACAUACCAUCGGUAAUUUUUAGUUACAACCAUCAUAUGAGUUUUUUCCAGCGAGUUUUAACAACUGUAAUUCAUGUUUUUGCCUCUGUGGUGGACAUAUUUUCCUACAAAGACGCAGUCAGUCGCUAUGCACCAGAAAUGCCUUUCCUUACUAUAGACAUGCUUGUAGCAAGAGCUGAGAUCUGGUUGGUUGAGACGGACCACAUCCUAGACUACCCGAGACCAUCGAUGCCCAAUGUCAAACUAAUUGGAGGAACAGUUACAGGUCCUGGUAAACCAUUGCCACCGCAGUUUAAAUCUUUUAUGGAUGAUUCAAAAGAAGGAGUUGUUAUCGUAUCGUUUGGUAGUUAUGUCCUCAGUCCACCAGAACCAAUUACACAAAAAAUCAUCAGUGUGUUGCAGGAUUUACCUUUUAAAUCCGUUUUCCGUUCCAAAAUUUCGUCACCGAACUCAAAGAAGAUCCUGACGACGUCAUGGAUACCUCAGAAUGACCUGCUGGCUCAUCCCAACACUCGCGUGUUUGUCAGCCAUUGCGGUAAGAACGGUCAGUACGAGGCUCUGUUCCACGCCGUGCCAGUGGUGGCUACGCCGAUCUUUGUUGACCAGUUCUACAACGCUGAGCGCAUGCGCGUAAAGGGCAUGGCAGAGACUGUCGACCUCAACACCGUCAGUACACACAAGCUGCACUCCACCAUUCUCAAAGUGGCCACCAACACGAGCUACAAGCAGACCAUCACCAAAGCCUCGGAACUGUUUAAAAUGGAAUUCGGUGUUCCUGUGGAGAAAGCGGCCUACUGGCUUGAUCACGUGAUGAAAUAUGGCGGCCGUCACCUUCGUUCGUCAGGUCAUGAAGUUCCUUUCUUACAAUUUUCGUGCUGGGAUGUUUAUGCUUUUCUGUUAUCGUUUGUGCUACUGAUAUUGCUGAUAUCAGUAUGUUUGGUCUACGUUACAUUCAACUGCUGUCGCUCGAAAUUAAAGGCAAAAAUUGAAUAAAAGUUAGUGAACAUGAUUUGAAAUAAGCAAAGUUACCCAAAAGAAUUAGAUGUUGGCUAAUUUCACAGAACUGAGAAGAAAAAAUCUGGCUUUUUUGAGACACGGUUAAAAGAGUUUUCAACUUUUUUGCAAUUAACCUUAACUAAGAGCAUUAAACAAUUAUUUUGAAGAUUUUUUCACCCUAAUAAUCACUAAUAACUGUUUAAGAAAUAUGGUUUGUUUUAUUUUCGUGUCUGAAGUAUUAUUUAUAUUUACUCUUUAUUUUUUAUUUUUGUUGUUAGUAUUCUUAAUCUGUAAAAAGCUACAAAAAUAUGCAAUUGUUGUUGUAAAAGUUAUACAAAGCGUUCAGAGUUUUGUUUGUAGUCUUAAUUGUUUUUUCGUUUUUUAAAUCAAUGAAAACUAAAACAUGUUAUUUGAUUUUUUCAUGGUCUAUUAUUUUUACAGAUAUACAUAAGUAAUUCUUCAUUUAUUUCAGUUUUGAAACGGUGAAAGUUGGUUUUGUUUUCGUCUUUUUAUUACAAUGGCCAAAAAGCAAAUUGCAAACUAACAAAUUGUAAAAAAAUUUAUCUGAGCGAAAAUCUACUCAAAUAUAACAGCAUGUAGUGUUUGAACUAGAAUCUAAUGGAUAUAUAAUAUUAAUAAUCUUGAUUUUUGCACAGCACCUUUGUUCUUUGUUACUCUAAUAAAUAACACCACCAGC